AUGGCGUCCAAGAGGGGACCCAAAGUGAAACUCAUGGCAAUGCCGUCGCAAAACUUCAUUGCAUUGGGCACGACCUCAUCGGGCGCGCCAUCAGCGCAACAGUCGCUGAAGACGGCGCCCAAACGCGAGCCAAUCAACGAGACAACGGUGCCGGCGGUGGCGCCCAAGAAGUCCAAACUCCAGUUAUCGCAUCACAUGACCCGCUCGUCGGGAGGCGUCCCUCAGGGGGCGGCCGUACGCCGCGAGGCGGGCGACCAGUGGGAAGAGGCGGCCCAAGAGGUGGAUCCGUCGACGCUGUUGGACAGAGUGCUGGAGGCGGAGGACGUGUCGGACGAGAGGGUGGAGGCGUUGCUGUGCGGCGCCGUUCGCCAGUUGCGGGCCAUGCGCUCGAAGCCGGUGCCCGACUCGGCCCUCUAUCUCACGCUCUGCUAUUUGGCCAAAACCCGGCCCCUCCUCUUCUGCACGGAGAUAGUGGUCGAGGCGUUCUGUUCGCUGUUGAGGCGCGACUCCCAGCCCACGGCACUCGGCUUUAAGAACAAAGCGGGCGCCGCGAGUCAGGUGCCGGUGCUGGCGGCCAACCUACUGCUGUGCGUAUACCACGAUGAGACUUCAUGGCCCGACACCUUCCUCAAGGUGUUCGUGGAGGACUCGUUGGGCGACAGGGUUUGGGUCGAUCACGACGCCUGCAAGGGCUUCGUGGACAACAUAAUGGCCUCGUUCGGCACCCGUAUGCCGCCCAAGUCGAUGAUGCAACAGGACGUGCUGUCGGCUACCGGUGCCGCGGUGGCCGCCGUGACUAAAUUGGUUGAUCCGGCGGCCGGCGCCACGUCCAGUCCCUCGCACUUGACUUCGGGCGACGACGCCUCCAUGGAUGAGACGCUGACUACCGGCGCCGCGACGGUAUCCGAGACGAAGGAGAUGUUGGACAACAUUGCGGUGAUGUCGCGGUUCGCACACAACGAACAGUUUGUGGUGCAGUACGUGACGGAUGUCAUCAAUGAGGCGCUGAACAGGAGGACCACCGCCAGCGAUGUGUCCAGAAAUUUGCUGAAACUCAUGAUCUCGACGGCCGGUAUACCAGAGGUUCGGCUCAUUAUCGCACAGAAGCUGGAGGUGUGGAUCCAGAACCCGAAGCUCACACGCCCAGCGCAGGACCUAAUGCUCGGCCUGUGUCUCAAUUGCAACGAAUCCGACGCCGAAGUGAUCGGAAUGUUAGUGAAGAUGCGACUGAAGACCAAACCGCUCAUCAAUCACUUCAUAACGUGCGUCAAAGAGAUGCUGAGCCAAAGCGUCGACACGUUUCGACUGGUGCUGCGGACCGUACUCUACAACGAGGUGUCGCCCACGAGGAGUCUCAACAACAUUCAGUUGAUAUCCAUUAUGUUUCAACACUCGGCCGACCGGUCGACUCAAGUGUUGGCCGACGUCUUCCAGGAGAUGCUCUUCAGUCGCGACGAUUACCUAAAGACACUCCGGGGUCUGUUGCGUGAGAUCGUGCGGGCCCUCCGACACGAGCACCUGAACCUCUUGACGUUCGCCGAGUCGCUCAUCGACGACGGCCCGGCUUUUGCCGAUUUAGAGCCUAACGACUCGGGCAUUAAGGAGAGGGCGGUGGUGGCCAUCACUGAUCUGUUGACAAUGAUUAUGUUCCUGAGUCUGAGUCCGGCCGUCAAGGAGGCCGUGUCCACCACCAAGACUGACAGGAGGGAGAUUAUACGCAACUAUCAGAUGCAGAACUCAAACAUCCAGCGCAUUGCCAUUCAUUGGCUUCAGCGGACGGUCAUUAAGCGCUACCGGCCCGACCGCAGCGACUACUUGCACUGUCUGAAUAAAGUGCUGUUUAUGGAGAGCGCCGAACACUAUUACAAUAGGGAUGGUUGGCCUCCGGAGAACGACCGCAACCUUAUGUUCCGCAUGACGUCCGAAGUGCCACUACUGGAGGAGACGCUGAUCCGCGUGCUGUCGAUGGGCUCCGCAAAAGACAAUCCGCUGACGUCGGCAGAGGCCGUUGAGCUGUCGGACGCACUGAUCAAACGCGCGGCCACUAUCAUAGAGUACGACUCCGUGGCCUUCCCGGUGCUUAUGGUGCGCGACAAAGAGAUCUUCCGGCUGCUGAUGGCGAACGCCAUAUACCGACACCCGGACAACAUAUCGCUGCCGUCGGGCUACGAGCCCCCAAACAUGGCCAUCAGCGACCUCUACUGGAAGGUGUGGCUCCAGUUGUUGAUACUGACGGCGCACAACCCGUCGCAGUUCGGACCGCUCGCGUGGGACGGCUACCCAACGUUAGGCAUACUCAUCGAGAUGUCGAUCACCAAUCACUUCGAGUUCCCGCCGCCGACCAGAAUGUGCGACGACUUGGCGAACCGGGAGCUCCAGAUCGCCGCCUACGAGAAGCAACAGAUCCUGCAGUUCGAGUCGUAUUUGGCGGCCGCGUCCACCAAAGUGCAGAUCAACGAAACCAAUAGCCUAUUGCUGUCGAAACUCAUUUCGAUGGACCCGUUAGGACCGGCCCGUAAGCCGCCGCAGUCGGUGUUGGACCAGUUCAAGCAGUUGAAUACUGUGCUCCGAUUGGGGCACCUGUUGUGUCAGUCCCGCAAUCCGGACUUCCUAUUAGAGAUCAUUCAGCGCCAGCAGCGGCAGUCGGGCGCCGGUGGUCAACAGGCGUGCGCUUCGGCGCCGAUGCCAUGGCUCGUGGAGCUCGUGGAGUCCAAUGAGAACAACUUCGGUAUGCUUCCCGUCCAGUGCUUAUGCGAGUUCCUGUUGGGACAGAUCAGCGAAGAGGAGGCCAGUCAGUCGCAGGUGACGGGCGGCUACGAGUCGAGCACUAAGUUUGAGAAAAGCAAACGCAAAGAGAAGCGCCGGAAGCAGAUGAAGCUGAUCGCCCACUUGCAGCAGAUAAUCGCCGCGCAGUCCCAGUGCGCCCGCAGCGACGACUUGGCGAACCGGGAGCUCCAGAUCGCCGCCUACGAGAAGCAACAGAUCCUGCAGUUCGAGUCGUAUUUGGCGGCCGCGUCCACCAAAGUGCAGAUCAACGAAACCAAUAGCCUAUUGCUAUCGAAACUCAUUUCGAUGGACCCGUUAGGGCCGGCCCGUAAGCCGCCGCAGUCGGUGUUGGACCAGUUCAAGCAGUUGAAUACAGUGCUCCGAUUGGGGCACCUGUUGUGCCAGUCCCGCAAUCCUGACUUCCUAUUGGAGAUCAUUCAGCGCCAGCAGCGGCAGUCGGGCGCCGGCGGUCAACAGGCGUGCGCUUCGGCGCCGAUGCCAUGGCUCGUGGAACUGGUCGAGUCGAAUGAGAACAACUUCGGUAUGCUUCCCGUCCAGUGCUUAUGCGAGUUCCUGUUGGGACAGAUCAGCGAAGAGGAGGCCAGUCAGUCGCUGGUGACGGGCGGCUACGAGUCGAGCACUAAGUUUGAGAAAAGCAAACGCAAAGAGAAGCGCCGGAAGCAGAUGAAGCUGAUCGCCCACUUGCAGCAGAUAAUCGCCGCGCAGUCCCAGUGCGCCCGCGAACUGGUCGAGUACUUCAUGAAGCGGCUGACGUUCCAGCAGUCGUCCGCCCGAGUGCUCGCCUCCAAAGCGCUGUCCCUCGUGAUGACCACCACAGCCGACACCGUUCCCCACGAGGAUAAGCCGCUGGCGUUCACCGACGUCAGCGACAUGGAGGACAACUCGGCCGCUGGAGAUAAGUCUGCCAUCGCUAGUGAGCUACUGUUCCGGUUGUACCUACAGAUACCGAGCAUCGAACAGCCCUCCCGUCUAACUGAGACACACUUCGUGAUCAGCGGUCAGGAGCCGAGUAGUAUCGACUCCAUGACCCACAACCUGUUGACGGCGUUCACCAGUUUUGAGUCGACGCCCACUCGACGCCAGAGCGGGUAUCUGAACGACUGCGAGCUGUCGAUGCUUAAGUUGGCCUCCAAACACCCGGUGCUGUUCCUAAGGCAGCUGCCAAUGAUACCGGCGCUCCUGAAGGGCAAAGUCAGUUCCGUGGCGUACGAUGUGUUCAAAAGUCGCAACUAUUUGUCGACAUUCAAGAAAAUACUGAAUAUUAUGAGACUUUUGAAGCCUCACCUCUGGAACAAAGACGUGAAGGGCUUGAAUGAGUUGUUGCUGUCGUAUAUACAGCUGUUUACCGAUUAUUAUCGGUGCGCCGGUAGGGAACUGUUGCCAGUGUUAUCGCAGUUUCUGUAUCUAAUCGAUGAUUGGAUCAAAUUUGACUGCGAAUCAGCCAAAGCGUGGAUUAAAGCCAACAGAAAGACUAUUGUUGAUCUCUCGUCGGUAUACCCGGAGCAACAGCUGUUCAAAUCGCUGCUAUCUGGCCUACCCUUCCAGUCGCAGUCACAUCACGAGAAACACUACUCGGAAAACCUUUUGCUAAGACUUCGUGAGGGCCGCAGACAUGACGAGCGCAUGGAUGGCAUACUCAAUGAAAUCGACAAACUGUCCGACUCUAAGCCCGAUGUGUUGGAGUACUUUGCGGAUGAUUUAAGGCAAUUAUACUUCAAUGCCUUCACGCGGGAAAUGGCGUUUAAACUGACCAUUAAGCUCCUGAACCACAACCCGAGCCUAGCCGACCGGUUUGUGCCCACGUAUUGCCAGUGUCUACAGCGGAACGACUCCUAUUUGGCGAACUUAGCGCUCGACUAUUUGCCAGAAUUUGUAAUUCUAGCUCAAGAGCACAGGGCUAUCAUCUUGAAGAAGGCCUUCGAGAUUGGAAUUAUGGGCAACACUAAUGUCAUCAACAAUAUUAGCGAUUCAUUUGCGUUAAUGAAUGCCCAGAUCGGUGUCUAAAUCAUCGUUCACCGAGAAUGCGAGAGAGAGAGAGAGAGAGAGAGAGAGAAAUCUGAGGAAUUUGGUUUGAAAUUUAAGCUAAUAUUCCGGGCAUUAAAUAAACAUAAUUAAAAUAAUCGUUUUUGUGUAUCGAAAGUAAAUAUUAUGAUUAAAAAGCCGAGAAUUUUUCUACACAAUUGUGUUUUCAUUUGUUAUAUGUGUCAAUAAAUAAACCAAUUAUUGAAUUAA